CUCAGUAAGCUACCACAACAUAUUUGAGCCCACUGUGCAGUCUGUGGGUGAGCGGCGAACGCGUUAAAUCUAUCGCAAAUAAACUAUAAAUUUUAUGCACUAUGCUUCAUAGAAUAUAAAAUGUAGUAUGAAAUAAAUAAAAGUUAACACCGAAUGCGGCAAUUUUUCAUUGCCUGACAACAAAUUAAUUGCCAAAGAUAACAGCAGAAACAACAACAGCAACAAAAACAUAACGAAAAUCUGUUCGAUUAAAAAGAGGGAGAGAGAGACAAAGCGAACAGCGGCAACAAACUUAAUGAAAAGCAAAAUAAAAGCAAACUGUCAAGUCGGUUAACGCCUUCGAAGUGCAUCUAAAUAAAUACUCGUACAAAAUAAAACAACAAUAACAGUUGUAUUAACAAGACGUGUACGUUCGUUUGUAAACAAAACUAGCCGUGCAACAACAGCAACAAGAUAAGCAACUUGACCGAAUUUCCCACCAAUUCGGCAAAGUUCUGAUCUGAUCGGAUCUGAGCAAAUUUGUCGCAGUCGUCGCCUCCGUCUCGCUAAUCUCGCGCAGCUCGCGAUGAUUUAUGCAGGUGGUAAACACAUACAUACACCCAUCACAAAAGUACCGCCAUGAAUGACACAGAGUGCGAGAAUCUCAUUAAAUCUGUGAAAUGGACGGAACCAGCGAAUCUGAUCUCCUUGGCCAUACUCGAGUUUAUCAACGUUCUGGUCAUUGGUGGCAAUUGUCUAGUAAUAGCCGCCGUCUUCUGUUCGAACAAAUUACGUAGCGUUACAAAUUUUUUCAUUGUUAACUUGGCAGUUGCCGAUUUGUUAGUGGGUCUGGCGGUGCUGCCAUUCUCCGCCACGUGGGAGGUUUUUAAGGUUUGGAUAUUUGGCGACGUCUGGUGCCGCAUUUGGCUGGCUGUCGACGUCUGGAUGUGCACGGCAUCGAUUUUGAACCUCUGUGCCAUAUCAUUGGAUCGAUACGUGGCCGUCACACGCCCAGUUACCUACCCGAGCAUCAUGUCAACGAAGAAGGCCAAAUCCUUAAUAGCCGGCAUUUGGGUACUCUCAUUUGUUAUAUGCUUCCCGCCGCUAGUGGGCUGGAAGGAUCAAAAGCCCGCGGUACAACCAACCUAUAUGAGGGGAAACUAUACGCUGUAUUAUGCCACAACCAUGUCAAGCACACAGGAACAGGAACUGCAGUUAGAUAGUCUUAAGGAACAGCAACAAACAGGGGCCGGCUCGCUGGUUGCAGGCAACGCCUAUAAUCCCUACGAUCCGAAUUUCGCGCCACUUGAUAGCUCGGCUGAAAUACGCAUAGCGGCCAUGGAUCUCUCAACGAGCACAACAGCAAGCACUACAACUAGUACUUUAGAACCCCCUCUGGCCACCACAGAUAUGUCCGCAUUGGACUAUGAUCUGCUGGGACCGCCCCAGAAUAUGAACGUGCAGUUGCCAUCGCCAAGCUGCCCCUGGAAAUGUGAACUGACCAACGAUCGGGGCUACGUGCUCUACUCGGCGCUCGGCUCCUUCUACAUUCCCAUGUUCGUGAUGCUCUUCUUCUACUGGCGCAUCUACCGGGCGGCUGUGCGCACCACACGUGCCAUCAAUCAGGGCUUCAAGACCACCAAGGGCAGCCCUCGCGAGUCAGGCAACAAUCGCGUCGAUGAAUCCCAACUGAUAUUGCGCAUACAUCGUGGACGACCUUGCGGCACGCCACAACGCACUCCGCUCUCCGUACACUCCAUGUCCUCGACGCUGAGCGUCAAUAGCAACGGCGGAGGCGGUGGAGGCGGCGGUGUUGGUGCUGGUGGUGCCAAUGAGGAUCCCCUGCAGCUGACUGGCUGCCAGUCCAUGGGCACGCCAAAGCGUGCCACUUCAAUGCGCGUGAACCGUCAACGCCACGAAAAGGUAGCCAUCAAGGUGUCCUUCCCCUCGUCGGAGAAUGUGCUGGAAACAAAGGCCACCUCAACACCGCCUCACUCGCCGCACUAUGCCGUCAUCAGUAGCAGCGGGGCCGGCAAGGCCGGCUCCCUCUCUAAUGGUCGCCGGGCCUCCUUCAAGUCCAGUCUCUUUGAAAUAGGAGAAACUACCUUCAAUCUGGAUGGGGCUGCCACACAGAACGCAACUGAUUUGGAGGCUGGCGGCGCUCAUCUCUCAUCAUCAUCGCAAUCAUCAGCUAAGAAGCGUGCUGGCAAGCGGAGCGCCAAAUUUCAAGUCAAGCGCUUUCGCAUGGAGACGAAAGCGGCCAAGACGUUGGCCAUCAUAGUGGGCGGCUUCAUCGUCUGCUGGCUGCCCUUUUUCACCAUGUAUCUAAUUCGCGCUUUUUGCGACCAUUGCAUACAGCCCACAGUCUUCUCGGUGCUCUUCUGGCUGGGCUAUUGCAAUUCAGCCAUCAAUCCGGUUAUAUAUGCGCUCUUCUCCCAUGAAUUUCGCAUCGCCUUCAAGCGCAUCGUCUGUCGCUGCGUCUGCACGCGCAGCGGAUUCCGUGCCUCCGAGAAUUUCCAGAUGAUCGCCGCCCGGGCACUCAUGGCGCCCGCCACGUUCCACAAGACCAUUUCGGGCUGCUCGGAUGAUGGGGAUGGCGUCGAUUUUAGUUGACUAAUAGGCAGCUACGAGUCGAGUCCUUUGCAGCGCACAUCCUCGCUGCAGGACAACGAGGGCGGUAGUGACAGCGGUCAUGGCAACAGCGAUGGCAGCACGCGACGUCUAAGACGUGGUGGCUUUUGCAAGGGGCGCGUGCUCUAAAGCCAAUAGCAACAGCAACAACAACAACAACAAUAAAUUGAUUGACAUUACGCAAUGCAUUUCCCGCUUUUGUACUUUUGUAAGCUAUGUUGUACCUCCAUGUACUCGUGUAUCUAUUGUACAGUAGUCGGCAUUAGUAUUACCUCGAUGGCUCGUUAAACUGAACUUCCGUGAAAUGUCGUUGCAACUUGACUGACAAGCUACAUAACUAUUUAUGUAUCGAGCUUUUAAAGAUAAUCCGUAUGUGU